AUGGGACAUAUCAAAGCAGUUAAUCCCUCUGAUUCAAAAGCGACUAGUUAUUAUUUACCGCAUCAUGCAGUAUUUAAACCCGAUAGUUUGACCACCAAACUCCGUGUGGUAUUUAACGCCUCAAACCCAUCCUCCAAUGGCCGGAUCUUUUACCGCAAUAAUCCCGAAGCUGAUAUAAAGGACUAUGAGCUAAAUACAGUCACAUUCGGAGUGAAUUGUGCACCGUAUUUAGCGAUUCGAACUCUUUUACAAUUGGCCAACGAUUGUGAAUCCCAAAGUCCGUUAGCAUCUCAAAUUUUGAAAACCCAAAUGUAUGUCGAUGAAGUACUUGCUGGCUCUCAUAAGCUAGAAGACGCUUUUGAGAGACGUAUUGAACUCACCCAUGUUCUCGAAUCGGCUGGUUUCGUUUUACGAAAAUGGACUGCCAAUCAUAUACGUCUCUUAGAAGAUUUACCCCGAGAGAAUCUGCUUGAUGCAGACUUCUUAAAAUUUGCAGAUGCUAGCACAGCAAAAACCCUGGGCUUGCGAUGGAAUGCUGAUACUGACAGUUUCUACUUCCGACUCAUAUCGCAGCCACGCCGGGAUAUUGUGACAAAACGUGCUGUCUUGUCAGAAAUAGCUAAGCUAUUUGACCCCGCCGGUUGGCUCUCUCCAAAAAUUAUUGUUGCAAAAAUUAUAAUGCAACAAAUAUGGAAAGACAAGACAGAUUGGGAUGAAAGUUUAAAAACCUUAACCCUUGCGCAAUGGCGCUCAUUUUUAAAUGAUUACCCGAAUAUUGAGAAAAUUAACAUUCCAAGAUGGGUUAAUUUUCACCCGAGUCAUGAAAUUGAACUUCAUGCAUUUUCUGAUGCUUCAGAAAAGGCUUAUGGCUGUGCUCUUUAUGUUCGAAGUAUUUCGGCGAAUGAAAUCACUUCACAUUCACUCUCUGCAAAGACGAAGGUAGCUCCUGUUAAGUCUGAAACAUUACCCCGUUUAGAACUUUGUGGAGCGGCUUUGAUGGAAAACAUGGUAGAAUCUUUGUGUAAACCCAUAUCUUCCAAGAGUAAUUUACUCACUUUGAACCCGUUUAUUGACUCGAAUGGUUUUGUCAGAAUCAAUGGUCGAUUAGUUCGAUCACCUGGCUUAACAUACGAUGACCGUUACCCUAAAAUUCUGCCUUAUGCAGCCCGUUUUACUCGUUUGUUUGUUGAACAUGUUUACAAGUGCUCUGCCCAUGGUGGCCAUUCAUUAAUGCUCAGAUUAGUUAGAAAUGAGUUUUGGGCCCCGAAAUUAAAGAAUCUAAUUCGUACAGUUAUUUUCAAUUGUAAGGAAUGUACAAUUUACCGAAAGAAAACCGGUCAGCAGAUUAUGGCACCUUUACCCCCUGAACGUGCGUCUCUUUCGAGACCGUUUACCCAUACUGGUUUAGAUUUCGCAGGUCCGUUCGACAUAAAAUCCUACAUUGGUAGAGGUUGCCGAAUAACAAAAGGUUAUGUUCUCGUGUUUGUUUGUUUCGCCACAAAGGCGAUUCAUUUAGAGGCAACCGGUGAUAUGUCGACCGAAACGGAACUGCAUUUGUCGGUGCUGCUAAUUUACUGGAAGUUGACCGAAAGCAGUUUUUACUCCAAUUGA